AACAGGGAGUGUUGGAAACAGCCAACAGUGCAGGCGAAGACAAGACGGGUGAAAACAGAAACCCGUCUGGUUUUCGGAACGGACAAAAUACGUUAACGAAGCUCCGUAGUACGUCCUCGCUUCGCAUCCGGCCAUGCCAACGACACAGCGAUGUAUUAUUACUGCAAUCGGAAUAAAAUGAGCGCUAGUGCAGCCGGGCCUGGAGUGGAGAGUUGCGGGGCCGGGUGUCCGCAUAGCGCCAGCCGCUGCUGCGGGGGAGGAGGCUGCGGAGAGCCCGUCAGCGGUGACGGAAGCUCGGCCGCUGCGGCUACAGCAACCAGCGCUGCCCCAGCGCAGAGCUCAGACAGGGAGAGCGGCGUAGCCGAGGCCCAGGCGUUUCGCGAAUGGGACGAUGCCACCUCCAUCGAUGCGGAUCGGACCCAGAAAAUGAACGAGGAGGGAUUUUUCGCGAACGGUACUGCUGAUAUAACGCGGGGGGCAGACGAAUGUGCGGAUUCAGUGAAAAACGGACGCGGGAGCUUUUGUAGACAAAGCGCUGGAGCGGGUGAGGAUUACACCAUUAAUAUUGAUCACGAAGACGCUGGAGGUUUGCGGCACGGGGGCGAGCGUCGGGUUUUUAUGGGCGCUAUGACACGAAGGGACGAACGCAGAACGAGUGCGAGACUGCCGCCGGUGCGCACCGGGAGAACCCAGCGAGGACAGGCGCACACGGAGACCGAGGGCGCGAUGAUGACAGCCGCUGCAAGGUGUGGUCACGGGGAUUCCGAGCCCUCGGUCAUCAAACGCCGGGGGUGCAGUUACGCCCGAGGCUCCAAAAGGGUGUGUUUUUCUGGGAUAAGCUCGGUGACAUACUGCGGCACUUCGGAUGCCGAGGCCCGCGUUAGUUACAAUGGUGAAGCUCACGUGAGUGGCUCCGCGGGCACCACCUACGCUUUCGAAUCUGGACGUCAGGUGGACACCGCGGAAAACAGACGGGGGUCAUUACGUCAUAUCCAGUGCGAGAACAAGACCCAAAAAAUAAAUUACCCCGCGUGUUUGCCUGAUGCAGAAGGUGCCCAUAGCAUGGAAAAUACCGAGUUGCCCACAUGCAGAACGGCCAAGGGGCGGGUACGACUGUACCGGGUGCGCUCGUUUCUUGCCAGCACUGCCACCAAUAACAACGGGGUCAGCGGAAACGGUGCCCCUAGUGCGUGUAUUAACGCUUUACCGCAACCCCCGCUGUGUCUCCAACUCCCUGCGCCUGAUAAUGACCAAACGCAGCAGCAAGAGCCACAACGUGGAUGUGUAAAAACACCGCUCUGCGCAUUUGCCAUCAGCUCUUCUCACAGUGAAAGCACUCAGAUAGAGGGUGGGCCUCCUAAUGGAACAAAGACUGAAGAAAGCCCACUUGAACAGAAUAACUUGACUAACUGUGACAGCACAGGUUUAGAGGCCCCUUCGGGGACCGAGGGCCCCAACACAGAGCAGAUAGAGACAGUGAAGGACGAAGCCAAACGGAGACAGGCAGCGCUAGAAGGCCGCACGGAUAACCUUUGGAGGCGUCUGCAGGCCGUACAGGUAAAGCAGGUCGAGAGGCACGUUACCCAGCAGCUGCGUGGUCUGUCCAAGAGUCGGGGGUUGAACUGCACCAGGAGGCCCAAAGCCCUGUCUCAUAACUCUGCAGAGCUAAGCAGGCUGGCACGCAGCUGCAGCGAGAUUCUCCGGACUGCAGAAAGUGCGCUGGACUCGGACCACACUGCUAGUAGCUCAGGGGGUGACAGUGACAGUGAGGAAGAUGAAGCGUUGGAGAGAGGAGGUCGACGCCUACGGCCACUCUCGACUAAAUCAAUUGUUUCUGGUAAAGAAUGGCAGUGGGUGGAGAGCAGGGCGUGGCUUGGCAGCCGAUGGGUGUGGCUUCAGACUCAAGUGUCAGAGCUGGAAUAUCGCAUCCGAGCGCUGACGGAGCUUUACACACACCUCCGACAGGGAAAGGUGCGAUCUGCAUUCUCUCAACCUGAGACACCCCUUAGAGCAUCAAAUUCCUCCACCGCAUCAAACAGCUGGAGAUCUUCUGUUGGUGAUCUUAACAGGAAGUGGCAUACAGAAGACUCCUCCACUAACCCCCAAACUGUGCCAAGUCCACCUUCAUCUGCUGCACGGGUACGACCGUUGCUUCGACAGCGACAUCACAGACUUAUCCGCCUGGAAGACUGCACUCCACUGAAGUCAAAGCCUGUUUCGUUACAGUGCUCUUGUGAGCCUCCAGCUUUGUGUGUGCUUUGUGCCGGUGCACCUCCUCAUGCCCCCUCAGACAGAGAAAAGGGAACGUGGAUGCGUCAGACCUGGCUCGACAAGUCUGUUCAUCAUGUUCUUUCUACGCCAUCAGAUUCACCCCUUGCGCUGCAUUGUGGGAAACACCCGCUGGUCGGGCAUCAUUCUAAUAAUUCAGUGCAGUGGACAAACACGUCAACUGCAUCAUCUUGGCUGGGAAGGCGGGGCCAGGGACGAGUUGGUAGAGUGAGGAGGAAGUUUGUUUGUCCCCGUCCACCCAAUGCACUGCCUCCUUUAUUUAACACCCCUGGUGGUUCCGGUUGCAGAAGCCAGAGAGGUGUGAUUGGUCCAAACUGUCUUCCACAACGAGCCAUCAACUUACCCAUCCUGCCGCCAACUCCGCCAGCAACAGACACACCUGCUCAGCCUUUGAGAAGGAGAAGAACCGAAAGCUCAUUUGACAUAGACAACCUGGUGAUGCCUCAGGGCCUGGCUGGACUAGUAGCGCGAGUGCAGAGAUUACAAUACAAAGAGAUCAUCACCCCAAGCUGGAGAGAGCUGGACUCACUCUUAGGGAUCUCCGAGAACCAGGAGGGGCCACAAGCCCAGUCAUUCAGUCAUCACAAUUGCACAUACCACCAACCCAUUGGAGAAAAUCCGGAAAAUGAGGAAGAGGUGGAAGAUCUCUCUGAUGCUUUGUUUCUAAGUCGUCACGCUGUGUGUGAGAGCAGAGAGAGGAGUCGGUGGGGGAGUUGGGCCCGCAGGCGACGCCGGGGCAGAUCUUCUUCCUCCUACCAUGGGGAUGGGAAGAGCUCCAGGGCAUUGGAGCAGACACCUGGCUCUCCAGAUUCUAGGCAGAGUCAUUUUACAGAAGGAGACGUUUCACCAUGCAGCCCCUUCUGUACUGGAGCAGAUGAUCCCUUCAGCCAGGCUGAGGAUGAACAGCAGGCUGUGCUGCCAUGGGAACACCGGUUGUUCCCCUUACAGGAAUCAGAACUUCAGUGGCUGGAGGAGGAUGAGGCGGAGCCUGACGAGGACCCAUGCACAGCCAGUGGCCGCAGCCAAAGCACGGAUUCGGGGAUCUCUGUGGGCAGCCUGGAACUUUCCCCGAGGACCCCUCAGCCCUCCCAACAGCACUCAGGCACCGAGCAAACCACCCCACACUCACUCUCCUACAAACCAGCCACCUCAUCAACAGCCUCUACAGCUCAGGAUUCUCACACACCUAGUCUUUCCUCAUACCCGUCGUAGCUCAUCUCUUGUCUCACCUCUUUAGUUUUCAGGUCUAAAGUAAGUCCUGUCUGAACCAUUUAAGAGGACGUUUUUUUACUUCCCUGUGACUAAUAUCAAGAUCAUCAAGAUCACGUGCCCCAGUCGUCGUUGACAGUGUUAUAUUGAGUCCUGCCACUUAUCUAACCGUAAAGCCCUUGUGACCUUACAUCCCUGUUCUUGAACCUUUUGCAGUCUCACAUGAACCCUCAAACUCUAUUAUUUAAAGUCCUUCCCACGCAAGUCACGCAUUUAACCAAUAACAAGUGCAUCUUCACCAACAGUCCUGUAGCUCCACUUUACCAGUUUAUCAGUAGUCUUGUUUCUCUCCUCAGCAUCUCAGUACCCCUAUUGCCCUGGUCCUUCAUCAUACCUCGAUUCAUCAUCAUGUUGACCGGUCUACCCCCUAUACAGCUGUUAUUUGGUUUGACACUAAUCCGUUAUCUCUAGGAUGGGCAGAUGAAAGAUAUGUCUGCUGCUUAUGUCUGUUUCGCUUUUGUUUAAAAUUUUGGAUCUGUCUAAGGCUUUUUCUGUGUCAAUAUCUCUGUCAUUUUGUGUUGAGGCAUGUUUCGAUUUGAUGACAAUGUGAGCUGGAAUUCAAACUGAUUGUCGGAUGAAAGCUCCUUGUUAUCGUUCUCCAUGUAAAGCACUACGUAUUGAAUCAUUUGCUGUGAUAAUUGUGUUUCUUUAUAUGCUGUGUGGUAUGUAUACAGGCAUAUUGCUGUUCACUACUCUGAAUAUAUUGAUAUUCUCUGCACUGUAUGAAACAUAGCAUUUAAAGUCCGUUACAUGCUCUCUGUGUGAUACAGUGGGCCUCCUGUGUCCUUUUCAUUUUGGAGAUCAACACGAGAAGUAUUCUUCUUAUUUCUGUAUGACUUGCCAUAGAUGAGUGAUAGAUCUUGUGUUGAUGCAUAACUGCCAGAGUUUGUGUGCGUGUGAUUUAGACAGGUCCACAGUUCUGCUGUAUUAGGGGGUAGUGUUGGUGAAUAAAAAAAACAUGAUUUUGGAAUAACAGCAAAACAUAAGAAAAGAAAAAUGGAAGUUCUGUUUUAAAUGCACAUAAUGCUCUCAAUGCAAAGAUAAUAAAAUGAAUAAAACAUGAGAACUACA